GCCAUGAACGCGGAGAACUUCGAGGCGGGCGAGCGGCUGGUGAGCGCCGCUUACGUGCGGCAGGGGUCCCAAGGCCGCCGCGCCCACGAGCUCCGCCUGCGGACGCUGCUGGAACAGGGCAAAUGCCCUGAAGAUGGAUGGGAUGAAAGUACCGUUGAACUCUUUCUCCAUGAACUUGCCAUUAUGGACAGCAACAACUUUCUUGGCAACUGUGGUGUGGGUGAGAGGGAAGGAAGAGUGGCAUCGGGGCUAGUUGCCCGCCGGCAUUACAGGUUGAUCCAUGGGAUUGGAAGGUCGGGCGACAUUUCUGCCAUCCAGCCAAAAGCCGCAGGCUCCAGCCUCUUGAACAAACUUACCAACUCUGUCGUCUUGGAUAUUAUAAGACUUGCCGGUGUCAGGACGGCAAGUAGCUGCUUCGUUGUCCCCAUGGCAACUGGCAUGAGUCUUACCUUAUGUUUCUUAACCCUGCGGCACCAGAGACCGAAGGCAAAAUACAUUAUUUGGCCGCGUAUAGACCAGAAGUCCUGCUUCAAGUCCAUGAUCACUGCAGGUUUUGAGCCGGUGGUGAUAGAAAAUGUAUUAGAAGGUGAUGAGCUGCGUACAGAUCUCAAGGCAGUGGAAGCUAAAAUCCAGGAUCUUGGGGCUGAUAAUAUUCUCUGUGUUCAUUCUACCACAUCAUGUUUUGCUCCAAGGGUGCCUGACAGACUGGAAGAACUGGCAGAGAUCUGCGUGAAACACAACAUCCCUCACAUUGUCAACAAUGCGUACGGAGUUCAGUCUUCCAAAUGCAUGCACCUCAUUCAGCAGGGAGCACGAAGAGGCCGGAUCGACGCUUUCGUGCAGAGCUUGGACAAAAAUUUCAUGGUUCCAGUAGGUGGUGCUGUCAUUGCUGGCUUCAGUGACUCCUUCAUCCAGGAGAUCAGCAAAAUGUACCCAGGAAGAGCAUCCGCCUCCCCUUCAUUAGAUGUUCUCAUUACGCUGCUGUCCUUGGGCACUAAGGGGUACCAGCAACUGCUGAAAGAAAGAAAGGAAAUGUUUUCUUAUCUUUCAAGUGAGCUGAAGAAGUUAGCAGAAGCCUAUGGAGAAAGACUGCUGGAGACGCCGCACAACCCUAUCUCCCUAGCCAUGUCACUGAAGAUGCUAGAUGAACAAAGUGGUACAGCAGUUACACAGCUUGGAUCGAUGCUUUUCACAAGACAGGUUUCCGGAGCAAGGGUGGUUCCCCUGGGCUCGCUACAGACAGUGAGUGGUUACACUUUCAAAGGCUUCAUGUCACAUACAAACAGCUACCACUGCCCGUACCUCAAUGCUGCUUCCGCCAUUGGAAUGUCCAAACAAGACGUAGAUGUGUUCUCAAAAAGACUGGACAAGUGUUUGAAGGCGCUAGCGAAAGGGAAGAACCAUGACAAAUAUACACCCAUAGCGAAUGAAGAAGAAAUUGUGUCUGAAAUGGAAAAAUGCAGCAUCCAUGCAGCUGAAAGAAAUGCCAAAAAUUAG